AUGUCCGGUAAAGGACAGUCGUCGUCUUCCUCAAGACCCCAACCAGUUCCUUGGGCGAGAUCCUCUGAUGGAGCUCGUGGGAGGUCACCACCACCUGCGGCUACAUCUAAGCUACGAGCCGAGUCAAUGGCAAGACUAGCGUCUCCUGUGCCCUCCGUGAAUAACCAAGGCGGCAAUCAGACCAGCCAGGUUUCUUCACAAAGCCCUCGCCCUUCAGGUCGUCAUUCUCCACUCCCUGGUGCAAGUGGGGUCGGGUCCUUGCAAGGACCAGGCCACUCUGCACUUGCCGCAGCUUUCCAAGGAUCAUUAGCUAGCAGUCCUCCAAGACUUGGCACUCCACCAGUACGCUUGCCUUCUCCAUCAGCCUCACGUUUGGAGAGCAGCGUUCCCCCAACGACCUAUGGGUCUUUCGAAAGUAGAUCAGGGAUGGAAGGGCACAGGAGGGAUUCGAGUACACCGAUUGAAAAUCCCAAAGUGGUCAAAAGGCAUCUUGUAAAACCAUCGCGAGAAAGUCUAGCGAAUAGCGCGAGACCGAGUCCCCGCGAAUCGUCGUCCAAGGCUGAGGCUCGUUUAGACGAUGACGAAUUUUCAAGUCUAAAGGUCCAGGGUGGAGACAUCACUCGUGAAGUCUAUAAAUGGGCUCGAGAUACCGAAAUACCGACACAAGGGCGCCGAGGUAAGCGCAGUCAGAGCUGGGACGCCUUACGACCAGAGCCAGAGAGCGAAACAACAGACUUUCAAUCUAUCACAAUACCAGGCGGCUUCAGAAGGGAUUUUAUGCGGCGGCAACCACCAAGCCCAUCUGUCCGCUCCGACCAAGUUCCUGAGGACGGCCCUACAUCUGACUUUUCUCGUAAUCCGAAUCCUCGCAAUUUCAUCUCUCGCAAUUUCUUGGAGUACCUUACAAUCUACGGUCAUUUCGCAGGCGAAGAUCUCGAAGAUGAGGAUGAGGACAACUUUUCUGACCCGAUUGCAUCCAGCGGCACCGGAAAUCUACCUGAGGACUCUGCAGAGGACGAGGGAGAACCAGGAGAAAGCAGUCAGCUAAUUUCGCCAGCUCGCCCAAAACGACAAAGGCGCAAAACGAAAGAACGCGGGACGCCUGGGACUGGGACUCCUAUGGGUGCUGCUGGGUUGCUGCUAAAAUCAUUUGUGGGGACUGGUGUCCUCUUCCUGCCCCGAGCCUUUUUGAACGGGGGAAUGAUGUUUAGCGCCACUGUUCUAAUAUCUGUUGCAGGGUUGAGCUGGUACUGCUUCGUACUUCUCGUGCGUUCACGCCUGAAGAUAGUUGGCUCGUUUGCUGAUAUCGGCGGUGUCACUUACGGGAAUUGGCUACGACUACUGAUUCAUUGUUCCGUUGCUCUCAGUCAGAUAGGCUUCGUUUCAGCAUAUAUCGUCUUCACGGCGGAAAAUCUGCAGGCUUUCGUCCUUGCAAUUACGAAGUGUCGAACCUGGAUCGACAUCAAAUACAUAGUCCUUCUGCAGGUCGCCAUUUUUCUCCCUUAUUCCAUGAUACGAGAUAUAUCAAAAUUAGGCAUCACAGCCUACAUAGCCGACGCAUUCAUUCUUCUUGGGCUUCUCUAUCUCGGCUACUUCGACAUCAGGACUAUAGCAGCGAAACAUGGAGUCUCUGAUAUCGUCUCAUUCAAUUCUCAAAGCUGGCCGCUCUUCAUAGGGACAGCGAUCUUCACCUUUGAAGGGGUUGGCCUCAUACUUCCAAUUCAAGGAUCCAUGAAAGAUCCAACCAAAUUUCCAAGGGUUCUUGCCGGCGUGAUGAUUAUCAUCGCAGUUGUAUUCGUGAGCAUUGGCGCUCUUUCGUAUGCUGCAUUUGGCUCCCGCACAAAAACAGUGGUCCUCCUCAAUCUACCACAAGAUGACAUACUUGUGAAUGUAGUCCAGCUUCUUUAUUGUACUGCGAUUCUACUAUCAACACCGCUCCAGCUCUUUCCUGCAAUUCGCAUAUUAGAGGGCGAACUCUUCUCGAAGAGUGGCAAAUACAGUCGCGGCAUCAAAUGGAAGAAAAAUGUCUUUCGGUUCUUUCUCGUCAUCUGUUGCGGCCUUAUUGCAUGGGGCGGGGCUGGCGAUCUGGAGAAAUUCGUUUCGCUUGUGGGUAGCUUCGCUUGUGUGCCACUUGUUUAUGUGUAUCCAGCCUUGCUUCACCUCCGAGCGGUAGCUGAGACUCGAGCACAACGAACCGUAGAUAUCGCCCUUUGCGGAUUCGGGAUCAUCGCGAUGCUCUAUACAACUACUCAAACACUCAGGAGCUGGACCGCAUCGCCCUCUCAGAUCAAAAGUCCUGAACAUUGCGAUCUGUAG